CGGGUCAUUAACGGCUGAGAUUAGUUUAGGAACCAAUUCGGCAUAAAGUUUAGAUAACAUGUAAAAUACUACGAGGACAACCUCAGAUUCUGAGAGUCCCAGACUCCCAACGGUAUGAGUGCUCGGAAAGUUAAAAGGCAGAGUAUUGAAGUUUGAGGGAGGUUCGUGUUUCAGUGUUCUUAACUGAGAGCUUUUUCAGUGGCAAUGUCGGAAGUGAGAGGAUCGAACUCUUGGCCGGAAGAGCUGUCGAGUCUGGUAGAUGACAACGGUAUACGGUACGCUGGGGAACCGAUCGGAAUCUUUCCACCGUGGUUUGAGACGACAAGCUCGGAGUUCGUAUCAGGCGAUUCGCGGACCAAGGAAUCGGAGGAAACGGAGAGCCUGAAGGAUCAGGUCAAGGGAUUCGCGGUGGCUUGGGGAGAAAUACUCCUGGAAUUUGGCAGAGGCUGUAGAGACAUCGCACAGCAGAGCCUUCUGACCGAUGAUUCGUACAUCGUACGGAAGCUUCAGAAGCCGUGCGCUAACGUUUCGGGCAGAUUGAAGUUCUUGAAUGAGUUUUUACCGGAGGAUCGCCAUCCGGCUCACGCGUGGUCCGUGAUAUUCUUCGUUUUCAUUCUUGCAGUUGCAGCCAUGAAUUUAAAUACCAAAAAUGACAGCUUAGUUCCACUGGUAAAGAAAGUGCGUAUACAUCCUCCAAGUGCAAGCCAUAUACUACUUCCAGAUGGUAGACGCAUUGCUUAUCGUGAGCAAGGUGUUCCAGCUGAUAGAGCAAGAUUUUCCCUUAUCGCUCCACAUUCUUUUCUUUCCUCAAGGCUUGCAGGUAUACCGGGAGUUAAAAUGUCAUUGCUUGAAGAGUAUGGUGUUCGCUUGGUCACAUAUGAUCUUCCUGGUUUUGGGGAGAGCGAUCCUCAUCUCGGCCGUAAUCUUAAUUCAUCAGCAUUUGAUAUGUUGUACCUUUCUAAUGCGGUUGGUAUCAGUGACAAGUUCUGGCUGCUGGGCUACUCAAGUGGAGCAAUGCAUGCUUGGGCUGCGCUUAGAUACAUUCCUAACAGAAUUGCGGGCGCAGCCAUGUUGGCCCCAAUGGUUAAUCCAUAUGAGCGGGGCAUGACUAAAGAAGAGAUGAAAAAAAUGUGGGAAACCUGGGUGCCAAGAAGAAAGUUAUUGCAAUUCUUAGCUCGUAGAUUCCCAAAGUUCCUCUCCUAUUUCUAUCAGCAAAGCUUCCUAUCUGGGAAGCAUGAUCGGAUUGAUAAUCAGUUGUAUCUGUCACUGGGAGAGAAGGACAAAAUCCUGAUUGAAAAGUCAAUAUUUGAAGAGUUUUGGCAUAGGGAUGUGGAGGAGUCAAUCCGCCAGUGGAAUCCAAAACCAUUCGUAGAGGAAGCCGAGCUUCAGGUUUCAGUUUGGGGUUUUAGCCCAGCAGAUCUUCAGGUGCAGAGGAAGUGUCAGAGAAGAGGCAUUCUUUCUUGGCUAAGGUCAUUGUGGAGUCAAGCGGAAUGUGAGUUGACAGGAUUCCUAGGCCCAAUACACAUAUGGCAGGGAAUGGAUGAUCGGGUAAUCCCACCAUCAGUGGUCGACUACAUAGUCCGGGUUCUACCGGAGGCCAUUGUGCAUAAGCUCCCAAACGAAGGCCAUCUAUCCUAUUUCUUUUUCUGCGACGAAUGCCAUAGACAGAUAUUUUCCACACUUUUUGGAGUCCCUCGAGGUCCACUCGACUUGAAAGUCGAAAUGGAACAAACACCAUCAGAAGGGGAUGAUAUAGCUGUUGCUGAAUCCCACAACAGAAUGAUAUGAUUGAUGAUGAUAAAAUAUGACAAAGAUAUCAGUUUUUACAGGAAAUUCGGAUGUAAAUACCAAGAGUUGCUCCUAUUCUCUUGGAGCAUGAAAGAUGGGCACUUAACUUCUGUCCAUUUCAUAAUCGCUGACGAUUAGCACUUCCAAUGAGAGGUUGAAAAGCAAAGAGGCAGCAACAUUAUGCACAAGAGUUAUGUAAAGACUCUUUCUCCCCUGCGGCUAAAAGGUUCCAUAUUUAGAUAUCGGGUUAAAGAUAAUCGUUUGGCUAUUACACACAGCAAGAUAGACAUUAUGUUGAUUUGAUUUUUACAUUAUGAUUUACUAUUUUCAAGCUUGCUCAUUACAAAAUAAUAACAUAACUCCCUGAGUUUAUCCAG